AAUUAACAAAUGGCAUUUUUACUGGGAUGGCCAAUGAAUCUUUAACUUGUUCUGCCACUAGUAUUUUCUGUUGUCUCAAUAAAAUUGUUUUAUAAUCUUUUAUUUUAUCGUAUUCGACCUUCACGCAAAAAGAAAGGAUCGAGUUUUGAUUGGUUCAAGGGACAUCUCAAAGGUCUCGUCAUGUCUCGCGAUAUUAAACAUCCUUCCCAUCAUAGACAGUGUAAGCGGAUCAGCAGCUGCACUCAGUCGUUGUUGUGGCUGGUGGAGGCACCACAAUCACGCAAGCUCACUGCUUUUACUCUAGUCAGUCUGCGAUAUAGCAGGGCUGUUUGAAACUAACGCACGAACCCGAGUCAGCUCGCCUGGACGUUUGUGACCAACCUCCCGUUCCUCAGGAUAGAUGUGUUUCUCCAGGGGCUGAGGGAAAAGAAAACAACCAGUGGUGUCCAGUUCUGAUCAUCAUUGAGAGAAUGUCAAUCCCUUUGGCCUCUUUGUGAACAGAUCAGAGGUGACUUAGGAUCAUGCGCUGCUUGGCUGCUCGUGUGAACUACAAGACCCUCAUCAUCAUCUGCACCCUCUUCACACUCAUCACUGUAUUGCUGUGGAACAAAUGCACCACCAACACCUCGGUUCAAUUCUUGCCCCGUGCUGCAUUGGUGGCUCCAAGUCCCAGGGAUGGAGAUGCCAGUGUCAGCAGCCAGCAACACCCUCCUCAACCUCCAGAGCCCCCACCUGUGGUCGGAGGCGUUGGUGGAAUAAAGUAUGAAGAAAUUGACUGUCUGAUCAACGAUGAACUCACUAUCAAGGGGCGCCGUGAGGGUGGAGACAUUUAUUUGCCCUUCGGUUGGAUGGAAAAAUACUUUGAAGUUUAUGGAAAGGUAGUGCAGUAUGAUGGCUAUGAUCGAUUCGAGUUCCAGCAUAGCUAUUCUAAGGUCUAUACACAGCGUGAGCCCUACCACCCUGAUGGAGUCUUCAUGUCAUUUGAAGGCUACAACGUGGAAGUUCGUGACCGUGUCAAAUGUAUAAGUGGAGUGGAAGGUGUCCCUCUGUCUACUCAGUGGGGGCCUCAGGGCUACUUCUACGCCAUCCAGAUCGCCCAGUACGGCCUCAGUCAUUACAGCAAAAACCUGACGGAGCGAGCACCUCAUGUUGAAGUCUACGAUACAGCCGAGGACAGGGACAGCCGGGCGAGCGCAGCUCAGUGGAGUGUGCCUAAAGGUUGUGUUCACAGCCGUGUCUAUGACAACACCAGGUUCACCUCUGUGCGUCAGUUCAGUGCUCCAGAGUCAUCAGAAGGCCUGUCUCUCCAGCUGGGUAACUCCAAAGACUUUAUCCUUAGCUUGGACAUCAAGUUUGUCUCCAAUGGCAGCCUGUCUGUGAUCCUGGAGACCACAGAAAAGGGCCCGCCCUUCACCAUCCAUUAUGUGACUAACACGCAGCUCAUCGCCUUCAAAGAACGGGACAUUACCUACGGCAUUGGGCCGCGAACCGCCUGGAGCACUUUGACCAGAGAUUUGAUCACUGACCUCAGGAAGGGCGUGGGCCUUUCUAACACCAAGGCUGUGAAGGCCACAAAGAUCAUGCCAAAACGGGUGGUGCGCUUGAUUCUCCAUGGGCGUGGCUUUGUUGACAACGUCACCAUCUCCACCACGGCCCACAUGGCAGCCUUCUUUGCUGCUAGUGACUGGUUGGUGCGCAACCAGGAUGAGAGAGGUGGGUGGCCCAUCAUGGUCACUCGCAAACUUGGUGAUGGCUUCCGGCCCCUGGAGCCAGGCUGGUACUCAGCCAUGGCUCAGGGCCAAGCCAUGUCCACACUAGUGAGAGCUUACCUCCUCACCAAGAACCAGCUUUACCUCAAUGCUGCCCUAAAGGCAGUAGGACCUUACAAGGUGCCUUCAGCGCAGCACGGGGUCAAGGCGGUCUUCAUGAACAAAUAUGACUGGUAUGAGGAAUACCCCACCACCCCAAGUUCCUUUGUCCUCAACGGUUUUAUCUACUCCCUGUUGGGGCUCUACGAUGUGACUGAGACAGCCGGGGAGAAAGUGGGCUGGGAGGCGGGGCAGCUCUUCAGCCGAGGUAUGGAGUCACUGAAGGCCAUGCUUCCGCUGUUUGACACGGGGUCUGGGAGCAUCUACGACCUGCGUCACUUCAUUUUGGGCGCAGCGCCCAACCUUGCACGCUGGGACUAUCACACCACGCACAUCAACCAGCUGCAGCUGCUGGCCUCUAUAGACAGUUCUCCCAUCUUCAAAGAUGUGGUCAAGCGCUGGAAGAACUACUUAAAAGGGAUUCGGGCCAAGCACAACUAAGCCAACUCAAAUCCACAUACAUCACGGAGUGGAGGUGCCGCUGCAGAGCAGUAGCGUGCUUGGAGAGCUGAAGGAAGAAUUGUGUUUUUAAAGUAGGAGAAGAGUUCGUUCAGCUGCAGCACUCAAAUGUCAAACUCUUUGCUGUGUCGUAGGUUUUAUAUUUCCUGCAGAACAAACUGUAGCUACCCCACUACUGUCCUUUAACUCUGGUGUUAAACGCACAGGCUUGGUGUGCACGGCUGCACACUGGUGCACAUCCUUAUGAUUUUAGAGAAGGAAUAACUUCCUUAAAUGAACCCACAUUUCAGACAUAUGCUGUUGAUUUUAUCUGAAAUUCUAAUUUUCUACAGAUUCACCUGAUAUUUACCAAGAAGAAAGAUAGGGUAAAACUAAUGUGUAAAUAACAUUAUAUAUAAAUUAUGAGGUGACAAUUGCCAAAAAGAAAAAUCCUUAUUGAUGUUAAAUUAUUUUUUGAGCAACACAAAUGCAAACAUAUUUCAUUUUCAGAAUUUCAGGAAAGUUUUUUUUUUUUUUCAAUUAGUUUUUAGAUGAGCAUCUUAACAUGGCUGUCAUCCCUUUACAUAAGAAGACUGAAGUGAAGAGUGACGAGAGCAGUAGCUGAAUGCUUCCAACCCAGUAGCUUCCGGGACUUUUCUAAAAACCGUUGCUAAAUGUAUGAAUAAUACAGUUAUUUAGGUGAGUUGUUGUUGUGCACAGUGAGCUUGACUCCUUUAUAUUGUUUGGUUUUUUUCCUAUAAAUAUGUGGUAAUGAGCUGUGUGUAUGCCAAUGAGCUUAAAGUCAGCUUUUAAGAAUGUUUACCUCAACCAAUCAUAAUCGAUUUCAGUAAAGUCAGCGGAUAAACCACUCAUCUCCAGGCUUCUGUUGUCCAGCCAUCGUUUCACUGUCAGAGUUCAGAUGUUGCUGCUUUUGGUGAGGAGAUAGUAACUGAAUUAAACAAAUCAGCAGUGAACCACCAGAGGGCGUCUCAGCCAACGUCAACUCUACGAAUUAAAGUCCAAUAGAAAAUUAGCAUUAAUUAAGUUCAAGCUUAAUCAGUAUAAUUUUUAACAUGAAGAUUAAUCAUUUUCAGACUUGAAUAAAUUGCCACACAUGAAAUUUCUCAUCCUGUUUAAAGGGAAAAAGUUGAUAAAGUCAGUGGAAAAAAGAUUAUCCACCAGUGUGGUUACUGGACCAUCUUUACAGUUUUUGUUGUGACGUGUUGGGGGCAAUAUUCUUCAGACUCUGUUUCCAGAAAACUACUAAUUUAUAAAAAAACAAAACAAAACAAAACCUGUUCAUUAGUCAGGCAAUAGUUGAAGAAUCCACAUGAAUUACCACAGAUUUUGGUUCUGUUGCAUACUCGGAAUCGUACCAACCUUUCAGAUCAAUGCAUUUGUAUGAAUGUUUAAAUCUGAUAGUCCUUGGCGCUGAUGCUGCUCUGCUGCUGAUAGCUGCGAUGCUUUAAGACGACACGCUGUUUGCUGCCACUCUCAGCUGUAACUUAAAACCAAAACAGAGCAACGCUCGGUCGCAAAGUCAUUAAUAAUUCACGUGCUGUUGUAGAACUGCCACGACUGAUCAGUCCCGCUUCACGUUUGAGUUCAAGUCAUUUGGGAUUGCACACGUUCACCACAUCACACGUCCUGCCUGUGGAUCCUAACCGUGUUGAUUCAGCAGCGACGGUCCGUCAGCUUCAGCUAAUGAUGAACAAGAAGCGUCUGGGUAUUUGCUGAAUAUCCGCCGCUGUCACCCUGGUCUUAAUUUUAUACCGAGAACCAGUUCACAUUCUGCACUCAGCUCCACAUACAGAGUAUAUAUCUUCUGUCUGAGGCUGGUCGAUGAUGUUAUUCAUAAUCUUAAGUGUUCUGAUUAGCAGCUACAGAUGUAAAUGAGUCAGCAGCUUUGACUAAUGACAAUCAGUGUGUGCACUGUCCCUAAUAAAUUCAGACAGAAAAGACCACUAAACUUUUCUGCUGACACUGCUGCAGUGUGAAAAGCCCCUUAAAGGAAAUUGAAUGGCAGUUAUUUAUGUCCAUAACCGUCUUGUGAAAGGCUCUCAUUCUGUCAAGUCAAACUCAUCUUCUCCUCGUUUAGAUUUUCACCACUCACUUCAUCUUGUUCUUUUUUUUCCCCUUCCUUUUUUUCUGCCUUGUUUUGUCUUUGUGUCCUCAAAUUCCUUCUUCAUCAUGAGAUCAUUUUUUAUCUGGUUUAAUUUAACAAGAAACUAACGUGUUUUGUCAUUAGUCUUCUUGCCUUUUCCAGUGUCUCUUUGUCUUAUCUUCCUGUUGUCCUCUGCCUCUUCUUUUCCGUUGUUGUUUUCCAUGCUUAUUUCCACUUUUAGUCCAUUUUGCAUCCAUUUAUGAUCUUCUUGUUGGGCAAUGAAGAUAAAUUUGGAGAUGAAAAAACGUGUUUUAGUACAGUCGGUAAAAACUGCCCUGUAUCACUACAGCUGCUGCUGUGCUGACGGUGCUGACGGCUGAUAAAGGAUCAAUCCAAAGUGAUUCCUAUCUUCUUCUAUUUCUCCUCCUUUUUUUCCUUUGUCUUUUGGCUCCUCCCCUCAGGGUGUUUAUUACAGCUAAUCAUCUGCCUCCAUCUCACCCAACUCCUUGUCUCCCCACCUUUUACACCAAACACAAUGUCCUUCUCAGCAUCUACCACAAAUCAUCUUUGGAGUCUUCCUCUGCCUGACAGCUCCAUGUGGAGAAAACACAACGGUUAUAAUAUGAAAUUCAUCAUAAAAUUACAAAUUUUGACGAAUGCUAAUUGCAGCAUUUGUGUUGUUAAGAGUGAGCAGCAGCAGCAGCAUCAGCAUCGUCUGAGCUGCAGUUAAAUCAUCACAGCAUUGUUUAAUCGUCAGGUAAAUUCUUAGCUCUCAGCUGAUGCAGGUGAAUGAAGUCUGUCCUUUAGUCUCCGCUGACCGUUGACCGCUCUAAGUGGAGACUGAGGCUUCACCCAGACUCUAACAAUUCACCUGCCUAAUAGGCCUGGAGCUCAGGCACAGUGGAGUAGCCUGAGUCAGGGAUGAGUCAGCAUCAGCUGCCGUCACACUCUCACAAACAAAACAUAAUGGAGUGUUCAGCGUCACGAGGCCUUCCUUGAUCUGCUUCAAAGAUUAGUAAUGAGCGGCAGAAGGAUUAGUGCCGUAUUUUCUGGGUUUUAUUUUAAAAAAAAAAUGUAAACGUGGGCUGGUAAAACAUUUUUUUCUCACUGUGUCCCUUACGGUUUGCCGUACAUCAUACACAAAUAAUUACAUGGCACAAGGUAGGUUUUUACCUAGCUUUGUUUUUUGAAUGCUCUAUGAUUUUGUUUUAAUGUUUCUUUCCAUUUGUUUGUGGUUUAAAGGGAACUUCCAGGUUAUUUAAGUGUUGUUUAAGUGUGUAGGUGAAUGCAGUUGCCUGUGUUGGGUGAAACCAAAGUCAUUGAUUCAGCUUCUUUUAAAUGUGUAUAUUUUUGCUUCUAGUCUGUAUUUAGUGUUGCAGAUGUUUCUGGGAUACUUUGUUUUUUUUAAGAAGAGUAAUUUUACAUGUAGACGAGAUGGAAAUGAAACACACAAAAAAAGAAAGAAAGAUGGGGUCGUGUGCGACCAGAGUUCAGCUUUUUGGUAGCUUCUGUUUGAAAGGGAAAUGAGCCAAAUGCUGCGAGUUCUCCAUGAAAACAUUUGCUUCGUGUUUGUGUGUUUUCUCUAUUUUCUCUAAUUAAUUGUAUCCAAAUACAUAAAAGCACAACUGCCACCACCAUCACAAAUUGCUUUUGAAUCAUAUUUUCUGCUUUUUGAGGACAAUGUGCAACGCCUUCAUCAAGAAGCUGCUAUUAUUGUUCACUGUGUACAAAAGUUUGAUUUUUCUCCACGUCGGUCUUUGUGCUCUCCAUCAAAAGACUCCAACAUGUGACCUGCUGAGGUCAAAUGUGAUUUAUGCAAUAAUAGCCUGUUUACUGGGGGUCGUCACACCACAUGUGACCCACAGCAGAUGUAGAGACUUUGCAAUCAAAGCACAGUGUGCAAAAGUGUUUUUUAGCCCAGGAAAGCGAUGUGUUUAUAUACAAAGUCAAUCUUUGUGUUUUAAGAUUUUGCUUAUUAAAGGGUGUAAAAAAUAAAAUCAUUUUUCUUAAA